GUUUGUGUGCAACAAGAUGAUUCCAAAAUUAGUUAGACAGAAAAGCCUUGUAAAGGAGAAAGAUAACGGAAUAGUAGAUCAAGUGGACACAGCCUUUGCUUUGAACGGAACCAGAGGUAAAUCUUUUGACAGUGAAAUAUCUGGUUUAUCCUGGGAGUCAUUUCAGUCUUCAGCAAGUUAUAGUAGCGACGAGUUCUCAAAUUUCGUCGAUAGGUUAGCUGAAAGAAUUGUGCAAGAUUCUUUUGAGACUCUUUUCCACAUACAACCGGAGCCAGAACUUUGUCAGUCUGAUACAGAAUCGGAAACUGACGAUCCGUGUAUUCACGACUUUGCCAACAAUAUGGCUAAUGACAUACUUUUACAGUCUCUUGUGAGCCUUACCAAUAGCUAUGCUACGUAUAGGAAGGAAAAGAAACGACUUUCUGAUGCCAACACGUCCACAAGCAGUGAUUCUGUGUCAGAGGUGGAAUCAAGGACUUCCACAGAUGCCGUGAGUGUUUCGAGUGUUCAGCGAAGCGUGUCUGAUGAUUACACUGAUGCACUGGACAUACCAUUCCGUCAACUUGAGAAUUAUGCAGAGGAACUGGCAGCAAGUGUACUUCAACACUCUGUCAAUGUUUACCAACGAGAACUAGACAGUGAGAAGAAGAGGGUGUAUGGCCGUCCACUAUCCACUGGGAACUGGGGGUGUGGUGCAUUCCGUGGUGAUUGUCACCUAAAGUCCAUGCUACAGUGGAUGGCAGCCUCGUAUGCAGGGGUACCCAACAUAUUCUACUACACCUUCCAGCACCCAGAUCUUGAUCAGGUAAAGGUUUAUUGUGUUGAUAAGAAUCAGGCAAAU